AUUUUAGAUCAAUCGGGUAAAAUUCGUAUUUGGGAUACGGUUAAUAAGGAGCAUAUAUUGAAAAAUGAAUUUCAACCUAUUGGUGGACCCAUUAAGGAUAUUGCCUGGUCUCCCGACAAUCAACGUAUUGUUGUUGUAGGCGAAGGACGUGAACGUUUUGGUCAUGUUUUUAUGACUGAAACCGGUACCUCUGUGGGUGAAAUCAGUGGACAAUCUAAACCCAUUAAUUCAUGUGAUUUUAGACCCGCUAGACCUUUCCGUAUAGUAACAGGCAGUGAGGACAAUACCAUUGGCAUUUUCGAGGGUCCACCCUUCAAAUUCAAAAUGACCAAACAAGAACACUCACGUUUCGUACAAGCCGUACGUUAUUCACCCGAUGGCAAAUACUUUGCCUCAGCUGGUUUUGAUGGUAAAGUUUUUAUGUAUGAUGGAGCCACUUCGGAAUUGAUAGGUGAAUUUGGUAGCCCUGCUCAUAAGGGUGGUGUCUAUGCUGUGGCAUGGAAACCCGAUGGUACCCAAUUGUUAACCUGUUCCGGUGAUAAGACUUGCCGUCUGUGGAAUGUUGAGACUAGAGAAUUGAUCUCAGAAUUUGUUAUGGGCACCACGGUAGAUGAUCAACAGGUGUCUUGUUUGUGGCAGGGAGAACAUUUAUUAACUGUUUCGUUGUCCGGUAAUAUUAGCUACUUGGAUGUUAAUGAUCCUUCCAAACCAUUGCGUGUCAUUAAGGGACAUAAUAAACCUAUAACGGUUUUGGGUUUAAGUGAUGAUCGUAGCACUAUUUAUACUGGCAGUCAUGAUGGUGUUGUUACUAGCUGGAAUUCUGGAAGUGGUGUUAAUGAUCGUGUACAAGGUGCAGGACAUGGCAAUCAAAUGAACGGCAUUGCUGCUUGGGGUGAUUUUGUCUACACCUGCGGCAUUGAUGAUAGUUUACGUCAAUUUAGCAUUGAAUCCAAUGCUUUCACCGACUAUGUAGUCAAACUAAAUUGCCAACCUCGUGGUUUGGCUAUACUACGCAACGAAAACAUUAUUGCCUUGGCCUGUGUCAAGGAAAUCACUUUGGUACAAGAUCAAAAGAAAGUCUUCUCUUUACCCAUUAAAUAUGAAGCCAGCAGUAUUACGGCCAAUCCUGAAACUCUAGAAAUUGCUGUAGGCGGUGAUGAUCAAAAAUUACGUGUUUACUCUCUGAAGGGUACUAGCUUGGAGUUGAAAUGUGAAUUGGAACAUUUGGGUGCUGUUACCGACUGCAGCUACUCACCCGACAAUAAGUAUUUGGUGGCUUGUGAUGCUCACCGUAAAGUGGUAUUGUAUUCAGUAGAGGAAUAUAAACCAGCUCAUAAUAAAGAAUGGGGCUUCCAUAAUGCUAAAGUUAAUACAGUGGCCUGGUCACCUAAUUCUCUUCUAGUGGCUAGUGGUUCUUUGGAUACCACUAUUAUCAUCUGGUCGGUGUCUAAUCCAAGUAAACAUACCAUCAUUAAAAACGCUCAUCCUCAAUCUCAAAUUACUCGUUUAGUAUGGUUGGACAAUAAUACUGUGAUCUCUACCGGUCAAGAUUGUAAUACCAAAGUCUGGCAUGUUGAAACCAUUUAAUUCAAAUAAAUGUGUUUCUUUAUGCUCAAUUAAUUGUAUCUUUAAAACACACACACACACAAAAAUUAUUAACUACAACUACUACUACUAUUCAUUUUUCUUGGCUUUCUUCGAAAGUUUUCAUCUACUGCAUUUUAUUUGUAACUUUAUAUUCUCAAUUUUGUCCUGUUAUCAUUACAACUACUUUCACUCCUGCCCUGUUUUACGUUUGCAUUUGUUUAUAAUUAUUUACAAAGUAUUUAAAAAGAAAAGUUCGUAUAUUUUUUUAUUUAUUUCAAUUUAAACUGUUUUGUUAUAAUUUUAUGUUUCUUUUUUUUAAUUGUAGAUGUUUUCAAAUUGCUUUAAAAAAACACAAUUACACACAAUUCUUUUCUAUUCUAAUUCUAACUACGUUUUUGGAAGCGUAAAUUUUAUAUCAAGAAACAAAAUAAAAAGAAAAAACAUAUUUUGCAAUAA